CCAAAAUUAUUAAGCAGAUAGCGGACCUAAAUAAAUUUUCUGGUGGCAUCAAAUGAAAACCACAAAGAAACUUUCAACCUACACUAUUGUUAAGUUUUAUUAACCGUGCCAUAAUGCUACAUGACCUUCUGCUCUCUUGUUUAAGCCAAGUUCCAAAUGGCGAUGCCCUAAAGGACUUUUCGGAGACUGGUGUGGUUGAGAGCUUUAUGCAUCCGUGCGAAAAGGAAAUCUUUUUGGACAUAUUAAAAAUCGUCAAUGUCUACAACGAGGUUGUUAGAUAUACGCAAGGCAUUGGAACAGAUGCAGACGACAAAUCUUCAGAGGAUACUGUGAUUAAUGAGGUUUCUGAUGGUAUGUUUGGAUGUUUAUUAAUUCAACUCAUUCAUAUUUUAUUUCUCCUAGAACCCACGCGUGGUUUUUACCUAUUAAACUUUGGCAAGGGCAUUGAUUGUGCUCUCGACCAGUACUACGAAGCUAUAAAGCGCCUGGAAGCGUACUGCUUCAAUACAAAGCCCGUCUCGCUCUCAUAUGUCCACAAUGCAUUGCUAUCGAAACAGCCAACGCUGCUCCUUUUGAGGAAAUUCAUAAGGGAUGUCGAAGCUGGAAAACUUCACGGCUGUGCAUUGCUUAAUUACCUGUACCAGCAGUCAGAUCAUGGCGAUUUUGAACUUGAAAUAGCAGCCAGAAAAGUUUUAAAACCAGUGAAAAUGGCAUUCUUUUCAAGCAUGGCGCACUGGAUGCUGUUUGGAGUCAUUGAUGAUGUCCACUCGGAAUUUUUCAUUAAAUUCACGCCACUCGAAAACAACAGCAGUGCCUGCAACAAGUCUUCCAACAGUUCUAUAUUGCACGCCGACAAAAAUGGAGAGGACUAUAUUUGGCAGUAUGAGGUCAAUCACAAUCAAUUACCCGGAUUUGUGUCAUCUGUUGUGGCUGAAAAAAUUUUGUUUGUGGGACAAACAGUACUAGUCUUCCAAAUGGAACGCAACUUUCAAAGCAAAAAAGAGACCGACCAGUUGUCAGUGUGCCUUUCUGAUUUGUGCCGCGAUGAUAUUUAUGAGUUGUGGAAUGGCAGGGAGGGAGAAUACUUCAGGCUGAUAGAGGACUUAAGCCUUGAGCCCAGAAUCAAUCCAUUCCACAUUGAAGACACUGUAAAUUUGAUCAAGAAAUAUGUCAGUCAGCGACUUUCAGAAAUUGCAAUAAACGAAGUCGACUUGGUGCGUCAAUUGGGACUCAUUAAGGACUUCUAUCUGCUUGGCCGUGGAGAGUUUUAUUUGGAGUUCUUAACACAGUUGAAUGGUCCUUUUGAUUGCAAUUUUAUAAAAACUAACAAAAAUUAUCCAAGAUCUUUUGAGAUUGCAGCGACAGUAAUGGGAAUGGCAGAUGAUAUAGAAAACUUCACGCUUAGUUAUUUAAAAGCCAAUGCCGAUCCCGAUGAAAGUUUUGAUUUUCAUGUUUUUCAAUGCCUUCAUUUAAAGUUCACCUUUCAGUGGCCUUUGAACCUCUUGUUUUCCCCGAAGGCUAUAGAAAGAUAUAAUACCAUAUUUAGAUAUUUGCUGAUCAUCCGAAAUCUCCAGUUUGAAAUGCAACGAGCGUGGGCUAAACAGACAUGUCUCGCUAGGCAUGAGCCAGCCGAUGUUCAUAUCAAAGCCAUGAAUCUCCGUAAUCAUUUGAUGUUCUUUUUAAAUAAUAUGCAGUACUACAUUCAAGUGGAUGUUCUUGAAAGCCAAUACGGUAUACUUAUGAAUGUUAUCGAAGGAAAAGCUGAUUUUGAAGAAAUUCAAAGGGCCCACACAGUAUUUUUGGCAAAUGUUCUGUCGCAGUGUUUCCUCAUUUCCGAUUCCAAGGAAGGCCACAUGAACAUGACCGGAACAAUAAGCCAAUCGCAAAAUCCAAUUUAUGGUACCAUUUUAAAAUUGUUUUCCAUUUGUGAGACUUUCACCACUUUAAGCCGAACUUCACUAAAAGAGGUCUUUUUGGAAGAUAUCGACAGUCUUGAAGAACAAUUUGGUGUUCAAAUUGCGAGCCUUAUUCAACUUCUGGUGGACGCAAAAACAGCAUCUACAUUAAAUCCACUGUCUCAGCUUCUUUUGCGAUUGGAUUUCAAUCAUUGGUUUAGCCAAAAACAGAAAGAAGUUGUUUCGUUGGAACUUUAAAGCUGCAACCGUUUGAUAUCUUCUAUACGAAAGUCGCUUCUGAAAAUUAAAUUUAUAAGUUAA